AUGCGUAAAUUUUUGGUGAUUUUUUUGCAGUUAUGGGUAUCUUUGAUCGAAAAAGCCGUCGCCAAAUUAUGUGGGAAUUAUGAGAAAUUGAGUGGUGGAGACACGGCGAGGGGAAUGGAGUUGCUUACGGGUUUAAUUUGCAAGGCUACCAAAAUUAAGAAAAUUGAGCACCAGAAGUUGUGGAAUCAGCUGAAAUAUCUAAAGUAA